CAGAGCUGGGAAACUGGGAGCUAGUCUUAUCUCCUGCCCCAAGAAGGGAUACAACGCCAACAUGUGGGGUCUACGAUUGUAAAACGUUAUCCGGAUUUGCACAUUUACACACUGCUCUGUUAUUUAAUUUUGUGACGGAUAGCUUUUGCGGUUGUAGCACAAUGUACGCCUCGUUGCCAGCACUGGAUUGCUUUUCCAGCAAAGCAUUCAAAGACUGGAUUAAAAAGAAUGCAGGUUCCUAAUAAUAUAUACCGAUAGAGGGAACUGGAUUCUAAUACCUUGGACAGCUACCCGUUGACAGAUCUCAUUUGGAGCAGAGGAAGAGGAAGCAUUUAAGGGUUGCUGGGUGCUCUGAAAGAUGAGAUGUCUGUCUCAGAUGACAUGCCAGAGCGGGGGGCUGUUAAGAUGGAAAUCCCUACUGUAGAGCCUCAACGGUCUUCGUGAUGGAUGGCUGGUGCCUCUCCUCUCUCAGCUUCACAAGCAUGGUUAAUUUGUUUGUGCUUAUCAUUAUCCCUUGUUGACUAGUCACCUGCAUAUUCACUAAAUCAGGACAGCAAGUGUCGUUUUGUUUCAUGCUUACUAUUACAAUUAGAAUUAAACAAGAGAAACAUUGUAAUUUGCAUGCAGUGUCCAAAGUCAAGCUCAUGAAUGUAACCUGUAUAACCAUCUCAGGCCAAGGAGCUUCUUUCCAGUAGAACUAGAUCUGUGCCUUCAAAAGAACUGAAUGUGUUACAGUAUAGGAAGUGCUAAAGCAUUUGAAGGCAGCAUUUUUAAUUUGAAAAAGAGCAGGCUGUAGCUCUAAGCCAAAGGGAUCCAUGGAAUUACGCUGAGUGACGUUCUCUUAAUACGUCAGCAGGAACCAUUCUGGGAAGCUUUAAACACAUCCAUCUACACCUUUUUCCUCCACUUCAAAAAAAAAGACACACACAUACAUCAUUUAAUGUGGUACCACAACCAUAGAAAGCUAAUACAUAGUUAAAGAGAUCUUUAAAUGCUGACAUAUGAUUUUCACCCAAAAUCAAAUAAAAGCAGAUGUUUCUGUCCUAUUGGCUGAUAGGAGAUUAAUUUAUGAUUAAGAAUUUUCGAUUUUAUAUACAUAGAAAUUUGGACAAAACAAUUUUUUUGCCUAUGUAAUUUUUACUGUAUGAAUUAAAACCUGAAUAAAAUAUAAAUUUAAAAAAACACCAACACACUGACACAGGAACAAAUAAACAGAGCUUGCUAAGGGGACAUCACCAUGGUGUUGCCAUCUCCUGACAAACGUCACGUGUGUCUCACAACAAUUGUCAUCAUGACCAGUAUGGCCUUUAUGGAUGCCUACCUUGUGGAACAAAACCAAGGACCACGCAAGAUUGGGGUGUGCAUCAUUGUGUUGGUGGGGGACAUCUGUUUUUUGAUAGUGCUACGGUAUGUGGCUGUUUGGGUUGGAGCUGAAGUGAAGACAGCGAAGAGAGGCUACGCCAUGAUUUUGUGGUUUCUUUAUAUCUUUGUCCUGGAGAUCAAGCUAUAUUUUAUCUUUCAGAAUUACAAGGCAGACAAGAGGAAUCUGGAAACUGUUGCCCGCAAGGCCUUGACUCUCUUGCUUUCUAUUUGCGUGCCUGGUCUGUAUCUCAUCUUAGUAGCUCUUGACAGCAUGGAGUAUUUAAGAACUUUCAGGAAGAAGGAGGACAUGAGAGGUCGUCUCUUCUGGGUAGCUCUGGACCUCCUCGACAUCUUAGACAUUCAGGCCAACUUGUGGGAGCCUCACAAAACUGGGCUUCCCAUCUGGGCUGAGGGGCUCAUGUUUUUUUACUGCUACAUCCUCCUGCUGAUUCUGCCUUGUGUGUCUCUGAGCGAGAUCAGCAUGCAGGGGGAACACAUUUCCCCACAAAAAAUGAUGCUUUACCCAGUUCUGAGCUUAGUAACCAUAAAUAUUGUCACUAUCUUCAUUCGGGCUAUCAACAUGGUCUUGUUCCAGGACAGCAGGGUCUCGACCAUUUUCAUUGGAAAGAAUAUUGUGGCCAUUACCACCAAAGCCUGUACCUUCCUGGAGUACAAGAAGCAAGUCAAGGAGUUUCCCCAGAAUGCCAUUGCGCUGGAACUGCAGCAGAACUCCGUCCACCACAACCAGACCCUCCCCAACACAACAGGUGUGCCCCAUGAACAGUCACCUGCCAGGGAGAUUGUAGACACAUGACAAAGGCCAAGUAUGGCAGCCCUUUCCCUCCGACAGGCUUUCAUCAUUCCCUGCUGUGUCGAUAAGACCAUCUUUAAGGUGGUGUCUAAGUGAAAAAGUCAAGCUCUCCCCCAUGCCUCCCACCCUUUCUCUCCCCUUGCAUUGUCCAGCUCCAUGGAUAGCUCCCUAAGUGACUGGUUGAAUAAUGAAAGACAAGAUUACCGUCUCUCUGAGAUUUAUUGAUUUAUCUCAGGAACACUGCAAAGUUCAAACUGAAAGAAUAUAAAACAGAAAAAAUAUAUAUAAAAAAAAUCUGAUGAACUUAUUUGUAUGUAUCAGUUAAAAAAACUGAUUUGUUUUUAAACUUGAAGUAUCAUUCUGUUUUUUGUGUGGAAUGGUUUGUUCUUAUGACUAUCAUCACUUGACCAAGAUGUAUCUUUUUCCAGUCAUGAAUGCAGUAACAUGCUCACUGCUUCUGGCUGCUGGAGGUGGAGGAUGUAUCCCGGGGUACUAUUCCCAUGGACAUUAUAGUUUAUGACCAAAUGUUUAAUUUAAUGCUGGUGUUUCCCAAAGCUCAGCACAAUCUUGCUACAUAUAAAAAGGGUGGUCAGAUGUCAAAAGGCAGCUGUGUUUUUAACAGAUUCAUUGUGUAUUAUAGUCAGUCGCCAUAUCUGUGUGCAGGUUCUACUUCAAUACAGAUCCAUUUCAAAUUUACACAAGCAAUUAUAAUACUAUGUUGUGUUAUGAUUAUUAUGGUUAUAUAAUAAUUAUUUGAAUUAAUGUUUUGUUGGU